AUGACGUAGGGUUGUUAUCGUGUCCGGAAGUGGCUUUAGCACAAUUUGGAAGGAUUUCUUUGCUGUUCAUUUUGGAACAAACGCCAUCAGUCUCCCUUUAACUGCUACAGUUUAAGUAUACACUUUUAAGAGACGUGUUACAACGUCGAAGGGCGAAAAGAACCGGGUUCAUUCGAACUGGGUAGCUAGCUCAUAACUACCCUAGGCAGAAAGCUGCCUUUUCUGUUCAGUUUGCCAAUGAGAAUGUUUAUAAAGGGUUUAUAAAUCGUUUUCUAAAUACUGUCGCUGUACUUCAUUGCUAAAUGAGCGACCACUUAAAUUCACUUCAUAGAUAGCAGUAAUGCUAUAAGAAUACGCAAGCCGGUUGGCUGAAAUGGACGAGAAAUACAGCAACAACGUCCUUUCCGGAGGACAACUUGGGAUGGUUGAAGUUCCCAAUUCCAGGUUAACCAGGUAUAUAGUUUUGCUGAUCAUCUCAAAGAUUUUGAAGGCCUUGGGAAUAUUCGAAUCAUAUGACAUUCUAAAGGUUGUUCACAUUGUUCAGUUCAUCUUCACAUUAAAGCUAGGGUCUGCUGUUAUUUUACUUGUCUUUCAAAAGCCUUUAUCCGCUGGAAAAGUCAUCUCCAAAAGACAGUGGAUAAAGAUAGUAAAGCACAGUGUUUUCAGCUGUAUCAUAUCCCUACUGGGCUUUUUUGGGCUCACUCUCUGUGGACCCCUGAGAACAUUACUGCUCUUCGAGCACAGUGAUGUGGUGGUGAUUGCUCUCCUUGGUGUCCUCUUCACCAAUUCAGGAGGCGGGCCAGCAAAGACCAGAGGCGCUGCUCUCUUCAUCAUCGCAGUGAUCUGCCUACUCCUCUUCGACAAUGAUGAUCUUAUGGCAAAAAUGGCGGAGCAUCCUGAGGGACAUCACGACAGUGCGUUAACUCACUUCCUGUACACCACCAUUGCGUUUUUGGGGGUUGCUGAUCACAAAGGUGGUGUUGUGCUGCUAGUGGUCUCCCUGGGCCUGAAGGUUGGCUUUCACACAGCCUCCAGGAAACUUUCAGUGGAAGUAGGUGGAGCAAAGCGCCUUUAUGCCUUGGACAACCUGGUGUCAGCUGUGGUACUGCUGCCCUGGGUCAUAGUGUUGUCAGCCACCACAGAAAGUAAGGUUGAGUCAUGGUCUGCUCUUAUCCUGCCUUUUGCCAUGAUCAUCUUCUCUGUGAUGAUCCUUGAGUUUUAUGUGGAGGCCAUCUGCAAUGCAAAGAUGGAAGUGCAGCGGUGCGCCCGAUAUGGCGCCAUCGCUCUCUUAUCCAGCGCCCUGCUGCUCGCCAACUUCUGGACUCACCCGCUGACCGACCAGUUGCGCUCUAUGAGUAAACCACCACAGCAGGGCAGCACGGAGCACGUGCUCUCUGGAGGGGUGCUCGUCAGUGCCAUUUUCUUCAUUAUGUCAUCAAGUAUCCUCUCAUCACCAUCAAAGAAAGGUCAAAAGGGCACCCUGGUGGGUUACUCACCUGAAGGGACUCCUUUGUACAACUUUAUGGGUGAUGCCUUGCAACACACUUCUCAGUCCCUGCCGCGCUUCAUUAAAGAUUCCUUGAAGCAAAUCUUGGAGGAGUACGACUCGAGACAGAUCUUCUACUUCCUGUGUCUUAACCUGGCUUUCACCUUUGUUGAGCUCUUUUAUGGUGUUUGGACUAACAGCCUGGGGCUGAUCUCGGAUGGCUUCCACAUGUUGUUUGACUGCUCAGCUUUAGUCCUCGGGUUGUUUGCCGCCCUGAUGACCCGAUGGAAAGCCACCAGGAUCUUCUCCUAUGGGUAUGCCCGUGUUGAAAUCCUUUCUGGGUUCAUCAAUGGAUUGUUCCUGAUGGUCAUCGCUUUCUUUGUCUUCGUGGAGUCAGUCACCCGUUUAGUAGACCCACCCAACAUAGAUACGGACAUGCUGACUCCGGUGUCUGUUGGCGGCUUAUUGGUCAACCUGGUAGGAAUUUGCGCUUUCAGCCACGCUCAUUCCCACGGUGGCAAAAGUUGCUCGGGGCAUGAUCACGGCAAUUCACACCACGGCCACUCCCAUGGCGACCACAGCCACGGAGGUCAUGGCCACUCUCAUGGCGGGCACGGACACGGCGGACACGGACACGGUGGACACGGGCAUUCCCACAGCUCAGGUGGCGGAGGCAUGAAUGCCAACAUGAGAGGUGUUUUCCUUCACGUCCUAGCUGAUACGUUGGGCAGCGUUGGCGUGAUCAUUUCCACCAUCCUCAUUCGCCAGUUUGGCUGGUUGAUCGCUGAUCCCAUUUGCUCUCUCUUCAUCGCUACACUCAUCUUCCUCAGUGUCAUCCCUCUGCUUAAGGAUUCUUGCGAGGUACUUCUGCUGAGAAUUCCCCCAGAGAAUGAGAAGGAACUGAACAAUGCUCUGCACAAGAUUGAGAAGAUUGAAGGGGUCUUGUCAUACAGAGACCCUCAUUUCUGGAGACAUUCAGCCAACACGAUUGCAGGGACCAUCCACCUCCAGAUCAUGUCCGAUGUGGUGGAGCAGCGCAUUAUACAGCAGGUGACAGCCAUUUUGAAAGAUGCAGGAGUGAAUAAUCUGUCAGUGCAGGUGGAGAAGGACGCAUACUUCCAGCACAUGUCUGGGCUCAGCACCGGAUUUCAGGAUAUUUUAGCUAUGACACAACAAAUGGAAUCCAUGAAACAUCUGAACGAUGGGACUUGUAUCAUGUAAUGUCCAUCUAACAAUUAAAAUUAUAUUCAUUCCAAUGUUUUUUCAAUGAAAA